AGAGCUAUUGUGAAUCCCAUGGACAUGCAGACUUCUGGCGUGGUGCUGUGGACCAGUGUGAAGGCUGUGAGCAUCUGGGUGGUCUCUGUGUUGUUAGCAAUCCCUGAAGCUGUGUUUUCAGAAGUAGCACGAAUUGGUAAUUUGGAUAAUAGCAGUUUCACUGCAUGCAUACCCUACCCGCAAACGGAUGAGUUACACCCGAAGAUUCACUCAGUGCUUAUUUUUCUUGUUUAUUUCCUCAUACCACUUGUUAUUAUCAGCAAUUAUUAUUACCACAUUGCAAAGACUUUAAUUAAAAGUGCACACAAUCUUCCAGGAGAAUCCAAUGAACAUGCCAAAAAGCAGAUGGAGGCUCGGAAACGAUUGGCUAAGAUUGUGUUUGUCUUCGUGGCCUGCUUUGUCUUCUGCUGGUUUCCCAACCACAUCCUCUACUUGUACAGGUCUUUCAACUACAAGGAGAUCGACCCUUCUCUGGGUCACUUGAUUGUCACCUUAGUGGCCCGAGUUCUGAGUUUCAGCAGUUCCUGUGUCAAUCCCUUUGCUCUUUACCUGCUCAGUGAAAGCUUCAGGAAACAUUUCAACAGCCAGCUCUGCUGCAGAAGGAAGUCCUACCCCGAGAGGUCAACCAACUACCUUCUCAAUUCUUCAACAGUGAGAAUGACUUCUCUGAAGAGCAAAACAAAGAAUGUGGUAACCAGUUCUAUCCUUUUAAACGGACACAGCAUGAAGCAGGAAAUAACACUGUGA